CUUCAUUUUUUUUCUUUUUAAUUUUACCACAAUUAGCACGCAACUAUUUUUCUCAGUCCAUCUCCUUCCAUCCCGCGGUCUGAGGAACCUUCUUUGCGGCUUCGAUUCUGAGCUCACGCUGCCGGCAAGCAAAAGCCCAGAAAAUCCCCAUCGGCGAGAUGACAAAAUCGGUGACGGAGAAAAAGAGGGUCCGGCGGGCGCCGUCGAACAGCGCUAGAGAUCUCUCGGAUAGCGAGUAUAAGCAACCAGCCGAAAAGAAGGAUGUAUACCAGAUUUUUGCUGAGAAGGUUAGAGACAACAAACAAUUAAAAUCCAGAUGGGCUAUAAUGCAAGAAACAAGGGUCGAGUAUUUUAGAGGGAAGGACUUCCCGGUGUUCUUGAGAGAUCACCGGGAGGUCAAGGAGAUAUUAGGGGCGGAUAAAGAAUUAGAUGUGGAGGAAAUAGUCAAUAUUCUUCUUAGUAAGAACCUUAUAGUGAGAUGUGAUCGUGUGGUGAAAACUGUGAGGCCUGGGAAGAAGAAGUUGUCGUCAUGGCCUGCACAUCUGGAAAUACAUAAUGAGCAAGUUUUUUCCAAAGAAGAUGCUUUCUUUGCGUGGACAUUUAUGAAAAGAAGGGCUCUAUGGCAAACAAUUCUUUCAUUUCUUUGGCCAUUAGUAGCUCUAGCGAUGUGCUUGUUUCCAGUGUACCCAUACCAAGUCAAGAUAGUUGUCUUGUACUCAUGCGCUGGAGCUCUGCUUCUUAUUAUAACUUUGCUCUCAAUUAGAGCUUUAAUAUUUGGUGUUCUUUACGUCGUUCUUGGAAAACGGAUAUGGUUCUUUCCCAACAUCAAUGCGGAGGAAACAACUUUCGGAGAGCUGGUCCGGUUCUGCCCUAAGAAGGAAGAAGGCGAGCCCCCCAAGUGGACUUCAAGGCUCUUCUACGCAGUUGUGUCUGUGCUGGUCAUUUUGCUGCUCCGGCACCAUGCUCCUGAUGAAGCUGCCAGAGCAAGGUAUCAUACAAAAGUUUCGAACAUUAUCGACGAGAUGCUUGAAUGGUCUCCCAAGCUGGCACUGUCAGGUAUGUUGGAGAAGCAGCAGACUAUGGUUAAUACAACAGAGAAGAGCCAUUGGAAUCGGUCUGGAGAUGGAAAGGAGGCAGCAGAUCUCUCUUCUAAUGUAACUGAGAUUGAAGAUGAAGUUGAUGAUGUGAAUGACACAUAGUUUCAAUGGUUGUAGAAUUCAACAUAUCUGGUCGAAUUUGAGAUUAACACGGUUCAUUAAUGUGAAAUGUCAUCGGUCAGCCGACACUCGCUGGCCAUUAUCUCCUGUCGCCUGCCAACUACUUGUAGCUAACAUAUACAAUCAUUGAUGUUAAUUGUAAGUUGAAGAAGUUGAAUGUCGUUUGUCACUCGCCAAACAUAUUUUAUAUAUUUUGAAUUAUAUUGUUUUCAA